AAAGUUAAUUAUAACCCCAAUAAAAACACAUUCUCGGGAGUCGCUUGAUCCAUUUCUCUUCCUCGACGAACAAACACUCCACGCUUCGUUGGCCGCCGUCCACCGUUGUCAGCCCUGCGUGGUUAUACUCUGGCAAGCACUGAAGAGGGUUCUAACCCUUAGGGCUUUUUCUACUUCCAAAAUCUGGUUACUCAAUUGCACGGAGUUUUCCCUAGAUAUGAGCUCAAUUGUACGGCAUGUAUCACGCCUUCUAAGACAGCCACUUAGGACUGUGGAGCCGCUUAGUAACGGGUGCCAUCAGCUGCAGCAGCUUCAGCAAUGCAGGGGAAUACGAGUGAUGGUUCUAAAUGGGGACUUGGACAAGGCACUGACACUUAUGCAGCGCACGAUGCAAUCAAGUGGGAUGGAGCGCAUGAUAAAACAGGUACAGAGACACCAUAUCAAGAACUCUGAGAAGCGUGUUUUGGCCCGGAAGAGAUUGGAGCAAAAAAUUCGAUCACAGGACCUUGCUCGCAAACUUAAGGCCAUUCUGCUCAAGAAAGUCAGGGGUCUGUGAGAAAGAUGUACGGCUAUUUUGAAAAAAAUGAUGGUUACUGUAAGUUGCAGUCAUUUUAUUGCCGGCCCUAGCUUUUCCUCUUUUGGGUUAUUCUGGUUAUGUUGAAUUCGAGCAAUCAUAUGGCUAAAUAAAAGCCAUUUUCAUGUACUUCGAUGUUUGGUAUGUUAUAGUUAUUGGACCUUAGAUGCAUGACUGAUGGCUUUAAUAUUAUUAACUAUAUUCAUUCUGCGAUGCGGCAAAGCAGUAGCAUUUUGUUUUAGUCAAGCCUGGAAUUGGGUGGAAAUGCAUGCGGAAUUGGGUGGAAAUGCAUGCCAAGACUAAAGAUCGCUAAUAUCUGAUGGGAAUCAUCAUAGUUCAUAUGUAUUCAGUAUCUGGAAACAAAUUCUCAAUGCUCAAGCAAAUCUUUUUUGAAGCUAGCCCUAUGUUUAUCUUGAA